AUGGGUAAAGAUCCUUAUUACGACGAGCUUGGGUACCGAAAAUCGGGACUUUUGAAAGAUCAAGUUAAAUUGGUCAAAAGGAAGGAUACUGACCGCUAUGAGAUUGCCCCAAUUCCUGAUAAUUUGUCUUUCGAGAAAGGCUUCUUUGUCGUGGUUCGUGCAUGCCAGUUAUUGUCACAGAAAAACGAGGGGUUAUUACUGAUAGGUGUAGCUGGCCCAUCGGGCGCUGGGAAGACCGUUUUUACCGAGAAAAUGCUUAAUUUUAUGCCGAGCAUUGCUGUUAUUUCAAUGGACAACUACAAUGAUGCAAGUCGAAUAAUCGAUGGGAACUUUGAUGAUCCUCGCUUGACAGACUACGACACUUUGUUGGAAAACAUUCGUGAUUUGAAGGCAGGGAAGCCCGUUUCUGUCCCGGUUUAUGAUUUCAAAUCUAGCUCCCGAACAGGAUACAGGACACUUGAAGUCCCGAGCUCCCGCAUCGUGAUUAUCGAGGGAAUCUAUGCCUUAAGCGAACAGCUUCGGCCUUUGCUCGAUCUUAGGGUAUCUGUAACAGGUGGCGUUCAUUUCGAUCUCGUCAAACGGGUUUUGCGCGAUAUACAGCGUGCCGGACAGGAACCUGAAGAAAUUAUACACCAAAUAUCUGAAACAGUGUACCCAAUGUAUAAGGCUUUUAUCGAGCCUGACCUCCGGACGGCUCAUAUAAAGAUUAUCAACAAAUUUAAUCCCUUUACUGGAUUUCAGUGUCCUACUUAUAUACUCAAGUCACUGAGGAAUGUAGAUGUCGAGCAAAUCAAGACUUUGAUGUCUGAAGAACAUGUGGAACAUACGGAACAAACUUAUGACAUAUAUCUUCUGCCACCUGGCGAGGAUCCGGAGACUUGCCAGUCGUAUCUUAGGAUGCGUAAUAAGGAUGGAAAAUACAAUCUCAUGUUCGAGGAAUGGGUAACCGAUCCUCCAUUUGUGAUAUCUCCAAGAAUAACUUUCGAAGUAAGUGUUCGGCUCCUAGGCGGACUAAUGGCCUUGGGUUACACGAUAGCUGCAAUACUUAAAAGAAGCAGCCAUGUCUUUUCUGAUGAUAAGGUCUGUGUGAAAAUUGACUGGCUCGAGCAGUUAAACCGUCACUAUGUUCAGGUACAAGGUAGAGACCGGCUUGUUGUAAAACAUGUUGCGGAACAACUGGGGUUGGAUGGUUCGUAUGUCCCGAGAACUUAUAUCGAACAAAUACAGCUGGAGAAACUUGUGAAUGAAGUUAUGGCAUUGCCUGAUGAUUUGAAAACGAAGCUUAGCAUAGAUGACGACUUCGUGUCGAGCCCAAAGGAAGCACUGUCUCGGGCCUCGGCAGCACGAUUCAAGAAUCAUAGAAGUGGAAUGUCGCAUUCAUAUUCGACAAACCGGGACAAGAACCUAUCAAAGGUGAACCGGAGGUUCGAGAAUAGAUCACCAGACUUACCGGCAACAUUAGGAAAUCAGGGCUCUGUCACGCAACUCUCGGAACAAAUUUCCACUCUAAAUGACCGAAUGGAUGAUUUCACCUCCCGUAUUGAGGAGUUAAAUACCAAAUUAUCAAGUAGAAAAGUUUCACCAAGUGCACAAAACAUAGCACUACCAGCCGAGACGUGUAACGGGUCAGCCCCAACAUCUUACUUCAUAUCGGGCUUGGGAAAUGGGUCUUUAACUGGGCCCAAGCCCAUGAUGCCUAACUCGUUGUCUUCUUCCCAGUUAGCAAAAGAGUCUCCUUUGAUGGAAGAGCUGUCCAAUAUUUCACGGGGUCAACGCCAAAUCAUGCAUCAGCUCGACAAUCUAAGCAAUCUUUUACGAGAAAAUAUGGGCGAAAAAACAGAUCGUGACAGAAAACAAACGAGAAGUGAAACUUCCGAAAACGAUCAAAAUAAAGCUGCCGUGAUCCUAGCAUCUUUGGCUUUCGGUGGUUUGGGAAUUUGUUUGAUCAAAGCCUUUUUGUCCCGGACUUGA